AUGGUCAUAAUCUGCAGGUAUCAAGCUGGUGCGUUCCAGCCGUUCUUCCGCGCUCAUGCUCAUUUGGACUCGAAUCGACGAGAGCCAUGGCUUUUCAAUCAAACGACCACCGAUGCCAUUCGCAGAGCCAUUAAACAGCGCUACCAGAUGCUUCCUUACUGGUACACCUUAUUUUACGAGCACACACGUACGGGGAAACCGCCAAUGCGACCGUUCUGGAUGGAAUUUUCCGAUGACGAGGUGACCAAGCUGAAAGAAAUCAUGAGGAAGAACCAGUGA